AUGCGGCUUACAUUGAACAUAUGCGGGCUAAUGAUAGGUAUGAUUCUUGUCCCAACCCACGGAAAAUUAAAGCACGCUGAAAUCAUCACGGACACCACAAUCAACAACCAUUUCCGGGCCACACACGAUCACACAUUGCAACCAUCGCAAGAAGCGAGAAAAUAUUACACCAAGAAUGAUGAAGAGUUGAGGUUUUACAAUGGUGCCACCGUUUCUAACGACGACGAGGAGGGUGACGAAGAAAUUGCCGCUGAUGACGAUGAAGACGACGAAGAGAACAAUGGACUAGGAGCACGCAGAAUGCCACUGCCUACUAUUAAUUGCUUCCCACCCAUCGAUCGAUGGCAUAUGCAUGACUGGGCACAGCACCACCUGAGUCACCUGGCUAGACAAACCAUUAGAAGUUCACAAAAGAACUAUGCAGAAGCGCCUUGGGACUACACGGGUACAACAGCAUCAAGCACCCGUAAGCGUACCGCCGACUUCAGGCGUGAACUAUCGGCGGACUUCUACGCCCAGUAUCCGUCAUCUUGCGCCUGCCAAACGAAGUACGAGCUGCUCGAUCUCGGCAACACGCACUUCCCACGCUACAUUGUGAACGCGAUCUGUCAGAACCGUAGCAUUAACAGCCAGAAAUGCUGGCGCGGUUUCAGCUGCAAAGAGAUCCCCUAUAAGGUGCGCGUCCUCACCAAGCGCACCGACAACGAACCCGUGGGUGAGUCGGACCAUCACUCGACGUUGCUGCCCGAACCGUUACGCGAGCACUGGCGUUUCAAGACGGUGACCAUAGCGGCCGCUUGUCAGUGUUCCAUCUAG